AUGAAGCGAGAUUUCUCUCUCGCAGAGGAUGAGAGGACAAACGACGAAGUGCUGUCGACUCGCAAGGCCGCAAAGCUCUACCAGCAUCAGCUCAAGCAGGCUGAAGAGAGGCGCACCAGCGAGGCCAAGCUGGCCAAAGAUCUCAGGGAACAGCAAGAUAUCGAGUCUGGUCGUCGCUCGGCCCUUGAUCGACCCGACGGCGACGGCAAGGAUGACGACGUUGCCUCACUCGCAUCAACCGCACCUUCAGCCAACCCCACUCUGGAGGAGCCUUCGACCAAAGAAGCCAACGGCAGCAAUGAGAGCGUCAAGGGCGAGGACGAGGGCGAGUACACGUCUGAUCUCGACGAUCAGCCGACCCUGCUCUACCUUCACGGAGGAGCAUACUUUCUAUGCAGUGUGGACACCCACAAGUACUUGAUCUGGCGCAUGGCACGCAAAAUCGGUGGGCGCGCCUUUGCAGUCACCUACCGUCUCGCACCCCAAUUUCCAUUUCCAUGCGGCCUGCAAGACUGUUUGGCCGCCUAUCUCUAUCUGAUCAGACCUCCGCAAGGCGCAAAGCACAAGCCGGUCGAUCCGAGCAAAAUCAUCAUUGGUGGUGAUUCGGCCGGCGGUGGCAUGACACUUGCACUGCUCUGUCUCCUCCGUGACAUGAAUCUGCCCAUGCCUGGCGGAGGACUGUUGAUCAGUCCCUGGGUCGAUCUCUGCCACUCCUUCCCGUCGAUCAUCCAGAAUACAGCAACGGACAUCUUGCCGUCCUUUGGGUUCAUGAACAAACCUUCGACGCUCUGGCCACCGCCUGACGAUCAGCAAAACGACGAGAAGCAGGCAAAGCGACAGGCAACGCUCAAGAUGGUUGCCACUCAGCAGCCCUCCAAGCCGACGACAGACUUUCACAAGCAGCCACCCGGGCCGACGAAGGAUGCCAUCAGGUGCCCAAAGGAUUCCGACGUGGCUAAGCAGCAUCUUGCGCGUUCUAAAUUCAAGCCUCAGCUGCCCGCCUUCGAAGACGGCGCGCAAGUCUUCGAGCCGCCUGGCGUCGUGGCUGCUCCUAUCGGUGAUAAGAAGCUCGUCAUCAACGAACAGGUCCAGCUCUACGCGACCAAUGACCAGCUUGCGCAUCCAUACGUCUCGCCUGCACUAGCGCCAACGUUGGGCGGCCUGCCCGAUCUCUACAUUCUUGCGGGCGAGAAAGAAGUCUUGAGAGACGAAAUAAUCUAUCUCGCUCAUCGCGCAGCUCGGCCACACAAGUACCCGCUACGACAAGAGCUGCUUGCUGCCAAUCCCGAGCGGGCGGCCAAGUUGAACAAUUACUUGCCAACGCGCGUGCAUUUACAGGUGUACGAUGACGCGCCGCACGUCUUGCCACUAUACUCAUGGACAACGCCUGCCAAGUUCGCUUUCAGAGCUAUGGCCUCAUUCAUGAAGUUCGCAACGCUGCCGGCGAAUGUACUUUCGCCAGUGUCUGCAACAGGCAUGGAAAUACCCGGCAUCGACGAUUCGACAAAUAGCAUGAGCACAUCAAGCAACGCACCCCUAGACGAUAUCCAUCCCACCCUCGAGCGGAAAAUCUCUUCGUCUGUCAGUCGCGGAUCACAACCCAGCGACAGGUCACGCACAGGUAGCAGUGAUCUCUUCGGCAAGCAAGCUCGACGGUGGAAGAAGCAACAAGCAGAGAUGAAGACGAGUAUCUAUUCUGCAGUGCAGCCCUUCAAUAGACCCGAAUACAAAGAUUAUAUGAUCAGAGAGCGCGUCGCGAUCGAUGGUACAGUUCGUGAUCUAGAGCCAGAAGAAGAGCUGCCAGCCCUUCAGAUCAAGCCUGAGCAGCUUGGCGUCUUUGGCGAAGGCCCACUUGAGCGGUGGAUGGAAGGCAAGCAGAAGUGGUCCAAGCGGUUCAAGCGAACGUACGAGCGCGUCGAGCGCCGCAGGGAGCACAACUUGCGCAAGGCGAUCAAGGCCGAAGAGCGAAGACUGGCCGGAAGACGAGCAGAGAUAGAGAAAACGGGCGAUGAUGGCGUGAUGUCGCUUGUUCGACGACACGAUACGCCUGAACAGAAAGCGAACGAUCGCGGUCAGCUGAUCGGCAGCUGGGAUAUGCGCGAGCAGCGACCGCCGCCGAGCUCAAUCGCUGCACGAAAGGACACUAAAGAAGCGCUCGCAUUAGCGCAGGCACUCGACACGCAACGCAAAUCACGACUGCAUCCUAUCGCCCUCUGGAACGCUGUCAACGAGAAUGAAUUCCUCGGCAAAGUCAUCGACAAGGCCGACGAUGCGAAGCGUGCAAAGAACAAAGGUCGUCGCGAAGCACAAGGACAAACGCAAGCAGACGACUCUGACUGA